UCCGGGGCCUGCGGCGUUGCCUGACAGCGGUGCCGAGCCUCUCCCUCGGGCCGGAGCGGCGCGCCGGGGCUUGCAAACGGUGUCCUGAACUCUUUAGCACCUUCUCCCAAUAUUCUGAGAAAAAAAUACUGAAAAUCUUCCUAUAUGGAUCAGCCUUCUAGUAAUGGUGAGACUGGAAGAAGAAGACCACUCUAAGCAAGCCCAGGAUGAAUCGAGUGCCAGGUGAUGCAGAGAAUGCUCACAGUAGCAGUGUGGAAUCCUGUCCUUCCUUACGGGAUGUCCACUCCAUCAACCCAGCACAGCUGAUGACAAGGAUUGAGUCAUACGAAGGCAGAGAGAAGAAGGGCAUCUCAGAUGUCAGAAGGACUUUCUGUUUGUUUGUUACAUUUGAUCUCUUAUUCAUUACCUUGUUGUGGAUAAUAGAACUAAACGUAAAGGGAGGCAUUGAGACUACCUUAGAGAAGGAAGUCCUACAAUAUGACUACUCUUCUUCAUAUUUUGAUAUAUUUCUACUGGCAGUCUUUCGAUUUAAGGUGUUAAUACUUGCAUAUGCAAUGUGCAGACUGCGCCAUUGGUGGGCAAUAGCUUUUACAACAGCAGUGACCAGUGCCUUUUUAUUAGCAAAAGUAAUUAUUUCACAGCUAUUCUCACAGGGUGCUUUUGGCUAUGUGCUGCCCAUCAUAUCCUUCAUACUUGCCUGGAUUGAAACUUGGUUUUUGGACUUCAAAGUGUUACCACAAGAAGCUGAAGAAGAAAACAGAUUUUUGAUAGCACAAGAUGCUUCUGAACGGGCAGCUCUUCUUCACCCAGGAGUCCUCUCUGAUGGGCAGUUCUAUUCUCCUCCUGAAUCUGUAGCAGGAUCUGAUGAAGACUCUGAAGAAAAACAAGACAGUGAAAAACCAGUUGUAUAGCAAAUAUGAGAGAGCAGAAAGAAAAUUUCUGAGGGAAGUUGUUGGGUUUUGGAAACUGGCAACAGAGUCUGUGGCUGACUUGCUGGUGGAGCUGCUGACAGGAUAAUUUAUUCAUUAGAAAGCAAAGGGAACGGUUCCCGUAUACUGUAAUACCUCACAAAGAUGUACCAUGUUGACAUUUGUAUAUUAAAUUGCCUCCCAGGUGGCAUGAAAAUACUGUCCAUUAUGUAUUUUAUUAUUCAGUGAUUCCUGAAGUUCAUCUUCUAAUGACUUGGUAAUUACUGGAAAGUGUUGUCUUGUGUAUCUAAUCAAGAGACUUGUAAUAUAAUGAAGUAAAAACUUCUCUAUGGUGGAAGUGUAUUUAAUGAUUGUUGGGACUCACUAGGUAAAAUUAUUUCAUGUUAUUGCAAAUUUGUCAUUAGUUUUAUGUUUACUUUUUGUAACUCCAUGCAUUUUCUUUUUUAACAGAUAUGUUCACUUUCUAAAAUAAAACUGUUAAAACAU